CUGAAACUAGAGGUUGUUUACGGAUAUUCCUAUGCAAGGAUAGGUAUAUCCUUGAGGCGAGGAACACGCUAGAGGUUGUAAACUAAGAGGAUUUUAUGUUGCUCCUUAUUAAAUAGAAGACAAUGCCAAAGAAAGCGGCAAAAGGUCGUAGUCGUUGGACUGGUCAGACGUCUUCUAGACAUGGGAGUCCAGAAAGAAAACAAUAUUUUGAUCACGAUGAUAGGGCUGUACGAGGACCAGCGAGACCUAAAGUUUCCUUUAGGACAGGUCGUAAUGCAAAGGGUGGACGGAGUAAAAAUUUACAGACUGCACUUAAAAUACAUUUAGAGGAUGAUGUGGAUAUGUCCGAUCCUAAUGCUAAGCGAAUCCGAUUUAAGGGUAAUGUUGGUGUUGGUGGUAGUGCAAGGGAAGGGUGUCGGAGUCCUGCUCCAUCUAGACGAAUAGAUGGUGGCGGACGUGGGUUGUAUCAUAAAAAGGGAUUACGUGAUGAUGGAGGUUGGUUUAAAGUAGUUAUUCCUUAUGGAAACAAAUAUGGCAAGGACUUCAUUUUAAAGAAUUUAUUGAGUUAUAUUGCUCCGGACCCAAUCAUUCCAAUUAUGUACAAAAUAGAAGGAAAUACUGCUAGCUUCUUUGUUGAUGAUUACAAAACAGCAUUAAAACUACAGAGUUGUGAUAAAAAGAUCACAACCGAGGAGGGUUUUAAAAUUUCUGUAAAUGUUUUACCAGGAUAUCCUGUAUCUAAUAUGAAUGACAAUUUCAAAGAAAGACUGAAGGCAGCCAUGGCAAAACGAUUUGUCCAAGCCACGAAUGCUUUAGAUCUUUCACAAUUUCAUAGAGAGCCAGAUCUGUGCGAGGAUUACUUCUGCUCACUAGCUCGUACCGCCAUGCUUAUCUUUGUGAUAGAUAUAAUUGUCGAGCACACGCCUCAAUUAGAGGCAUUAAAUUUAGAUGGAAACAAAAUACAAGCCAUCGACAGAUUAGGUUCUCUAUUAAGCCGAAAAUUACCAUCAAUUAAAAUCCUCUAUAUCGGGGAUAAUCGGAUACGCGAUUUAAGAGACACUGACUCUUUGAAACCUUUGAAACUAGAAGAGUUACGACUGGCUGGAAAUCCUCUCUGUAAUAAAUAUAAACAACGUAAUGAAGAUUAUAUUUCUGAUGUUCGAAAGCGGUUUCCUAAACUACUCAAAUUGGACGGCAUUUUACUUCCUGCCCCUAUAGUUUUUGACGUCGGUGAUGAUGCCGAAGGACAUAAGUUGCCACCAAGUCAAAGGGCAUUCGCAGUUAAUGAAGACGCCCGACAAGUAGCGACGACGUUUCUUCAUCAGUACUUUACAAUUUUUGAUAACGAUGACCGUCAGCCAUUAUUAGAUGCUUAUGACGAACAUGCAUCGUUCAGUUUAACAAUCCAUUUUCCCCCUAAUAAUUCGCACAGAUUUACAUUUUACUUGCCGGAGAACCGGAAUUUAUUCAGGGUAAAUGAUCGUGAGAAACGACAACGAUUACUCAAACAGGGCAGAUUACCUGUAGUCUCAUUUAUAUCAAAAAUGCCGAAAACACAUCACUACCUCAACAGUUUCACAAUGGAUCUGGGUGUCUUAACGAAAACUAUGAUGGUUGUAACAGUGACAGGAUUAUUUAGAGAAUUAGAUGGAGAUAAAGCACAAUUGAGAUACUUUAAUAGAACGAUGAUCAUCGUUCCUCAAGGAAGUGGCUACUGCAUCCGUAAUGAGCAAGUACACAUAACCGAUCCUCUAGAUUCCCAGAAAAAGGAACUAGCUGCGUCGCUACCGGCGUUACUCUCGAUACCAGAAGAAACAAAGAAUUUAGAGCAACAACAAGAACAACUGAUAAUGGCACUGAGACAACAAUCUGGCAUGAAUACCGAAUGGAGUCGAAAAUGUUUAGAGGAAGUACAAUGGAAUUUUGACGCGGCUCUAGCAGCGUUUCGACAGGUCCAUGAAGUGGGACAAGUUCCAGCUGAAGCCUUUCAAAGUUAAACACGUGAGAAUACAUCUUGGAAUGAAGGAUUUUCAUUUUGAGGUUAAAUUAGGUAAUUAUUAUUAUGCGUCCACGCCGUCUUUUUUGUGGGAUCGCUUAAUGUGUAUAUAUGCAACCUUAAUAAAAAUAUCAAAAUAAAUACCUUAAUGCUA